GCCUCCCCAAAACCACAAACCCUCCCUGGCCGCAAAGCCUUCUGGCCUUCCUCUGCAGCAGCCACGUGCUUCAGCCCCAGAGGGGCUAGUUAGUUAGCUGGCUAGUUAGUGUGGGCUUCCUGCCCCUGGACGUGGAUUUCUGCUGACAGCCCCAUUUCAGCUGUUGGGGCUGGAGCUGGGGUGUGGCACUAGGGGUGGACCACUGCCCUCCCAGACCUGCCUGACCCUGCAGAGAGCUGCCCCAGGCACUUAGGGUCCUGGCUGGGAAAGGUGAGUUGAUCCAGUGGGGGCUCCUGGAAUCAGGAUCAGCAGCCUGAAUAGGAGGCGCCCCACCCCUCAUGUCAUCUGGAGAAAAACUGGACCCGCUCCCUGCAGCCUUCAUCCUGCAGCCGCCAGUCUUCCACCCGGUGGUUCCUUAUGUCACGACAAUUUUUGGUGGCCUGCGUGCAGGCAAGAUGGUCAUGCUACAGGGAGUAGUCACUCGCGAUGCACGCAAGUUCCAGGUGGACUUCCAGUGCGGCUGCAGCCUGCAUCCCCGGCCGGAUAUCGCCAUCCACUUCAACCCUCGCUUCCACACCACCAACCCCCACGUGAUCUGCAACACCCUGCACCAUGGGCGCUGGCAAGCAGAGGCCCGGUGGCCCCGCCUGGCCCUGGAGAGAGGUGACAGCUUCCUCAUCCUCUUUCUCUUUGGAAAUGAGGAGAUGAAGGUGAGCGUAAAUGGGCAGCACUUUCUCCACUACCGCUACCGGCUCCCGCUGUCUCGGGUAGACACCCUGGGCAUAUUUGGGGACAUCUUGGUGAAUGCCCUUGGAUUCCUGAACAUCAACCCAUUUGUGGAGGGUGGCAGCGAGUAUCCAGUUGGACACCCUUUCCUGCUGAAGAGCCCCCAGCUGGAGGUGCCCUGCUCGCGUGCCCUUCCCCGGGGUCUCUGGCCCGGACAGGUCAUCAUAGUGCGGGGGCUGGUCUUGCCAGAGCCAAAGGACUUCACACUGAGCCUGAGAGAUGAGGCUGCCCAUGUUCCAGUGACACUCAGGGCUUCCUUCGCAGACAGAACUCUGGCCUGGGUCUCGUCCUGGGGACGGAAGAAGCUAAUCUCAGCCCCCUUCCUCUUCUACCCCCAGCGAUUCUUCGAGGUGCUGCUCCUGUGCCAGGUGGGAGGGCUGAAGCUGGCACUCAAUGGGCAGGGCCUGGGAGCCACUAGCCUGGACCAGGAGGCCCUGGAGCGGCUGAGGGAGCUCCGGAUCAGUGGUAGUGUCCAGCUCUACUGUGUCCACCACUGAGGAGGGAUCCAGGAUCUCGGCCAGAGAAGAGGAGGGCCAGCCUAUGCCUGAGACCCCACAGUAUGGCCUCGCUCUCCUCCUCUCCUUAGACUGUCCACUUGUCACCACUGUGUCAGGCCUGGCUCACUUCUUGGGCCAUGAGCCUGUGUCUGCAGGGGCUUUGGGCCCCACUGCAGAGGGAAGGCACCAGAGUGUGAAGGAUCUUCAAACUCUGCACCUCCCUCCACCAGGAGCCUGGGAUCUGGCUCAUCUUCCUUCAGGACCUAGACCAGGAGGCAGGUGUUGUAGCCUAACAAAGACACUCAAAAAUACAGUGGCUUAAAGAAUUGAGGCAUUUAUUUCUCGAGGUCAGGAGAAAAUGGUCCAGGUCAGCGAGGUGGCUCUGCUCCCCGAGGACCUUCAGGAUCAUCCUAGUCAUCGUCCCACCACUCCCAGGGCAUCAGCAUCAUCUGUGUGGCUGAAACUCAGUCGCCACCAUGGCUAGGUUUCAGCCACUAAGAAAGCAAAGAGAGAAUGUGGACAAGGCACCUGGUUUCACAAGCCCCAGCCUGGGAUUGGAACACACUGUUCACACUCACAUCUCAUGGGCAAGCACUCAGUCACAGGGCCACGCUGUCAGCAAGGGAGGCUGGACAUGAUCUCUGGCGGGAGGGCCGUGUGCCCAGCCACGGUUCUAUUACCGUGAUUUCUGGCAUGUUUGGUUUUAUUUACACCAUCCUGUUUUGUGUUUUCUCUUUACCAUGCUACUUUUCCUUAUAUUUUCAACUUUCUUGCUUGCUGUUGGAUUGACAAAGUCUUCUUUAUCAUCCUCCCUUUUUUUUUCUUAUACUGAUUUGGAAGUUAUAAAUUCCAUUAGACAUUAAUCUAAGUUGCUGUAUGUAUCAGUGACCCAUUCCUGUUUAUUACUGAGUGGUAUUCCAUUGUACCGCAAUUUGUUUAUCUGUUGACCCACUGGAGAACAUUGAAUUAGUUUUCAGUUUUCGUCAAUUAUGAAUAGAGCUAUGAUAAACCUUUGCGUACAAGUCUUUGUGUGAACAUAACUUUUCACUUCUCUAGGGUUAGUACCUAUGAGUAGGAUUGAUUGAUUAGAUGGUAAAUGCAUGUUUAACUUUAUGAGAAACUGCCAAACCAAUCCCGGAAUUGUUUCAGAGUGGCUGAACCAUUUUGCAUCCCCACCAACAAUGUAUGUGAUUUCCAGUUGUUCUGCAUCCUCAUCAGUACUUGUUAUUGUCAGUGUUUGUUAUUUUGUCCAUCUCAUUGGUGUGUAGGGGUGUCUCAUUGUGGUUUUUAUUUAUAUUUCCCUAAUGGCUAACAAUGCUGAGCAUCUUUUCAUGUGCUAAUCUGCCAUUCAUGUAUUUUCUCUGGUGCAGCACUUGUUCAGAUUUUUCUCCCUUUCUUAAUUGAGUUGUUUUCUUAUCAUUGGUUUUUAAGAGUUCUUUAUAUAUGCUGGAUAAAAGUCAUUUAUCAAAUAUGUAAUUUGUAAAUAAUUUCUCUCAGUCUAAGCAUGUCUUUUCUUUCUCUAAUCAGAUUCUUUCAGAGAGAAAAAAUUUUAACUUUUGAUGAAGUCCAAUUCAUCGAUUUUUUUUCUUUUAUGGAUUGUACAUUUGGUGUCAUAUUAAGACUUCUUUGCCUAAUGAAGAUUUUAUCCUUUGUUUUCUUCUAAUUUUUUUAUACUUUAUAGUUCACAUUUAGAUCUAUGAUCCAUUUUGUGCUAAUUGUUAAUUAUGAUGUGCAGUUUAGGUUGAAGUUUUUUUGUUUUAUUUGUUUUUUGUUUUUGUAUAUGGAUGUCCAAUUCUUCCAAUAACAUUUUUGAAAAGACUAUCUGUCUUUCUUCAUUGAAGUACUUUUGCAACUUUGUCAAAAAUCAAUUGGCCAUAUUCGUGCAGCCAUAUUUCUGGACUCUCUAUUCUGUUCUGUUAAUCUGUGUAUCCAUCUCUUUGCCAAUACCACACUGACUUGACUUCUGUAUCUUUAUAGUAAAUCUUGAUAUUGGGUAAUGUAAUCCCUUCAACCUUAUUCUUCUUUUCCAAAUUAUUUUAGUUAUUCAUGUUUCUUUGCCUUUUCAUAUACAUUGUAGAGUCAGCUUGUCCAUACCUAUGAAAUAUCCUGCAGGAUUUUGACUGGAAUUGCAUUAAAUUUAAAGAACAACUUGGGUAGAAUUGACCUCUUUUUAUGUUGAAUCUUUCAAUCCAUUAGCACAAUAUGUCUUUCCAUUUACUUGUAUCUCUUAUUUAUUUCAUCAACAUCUUCUAG